AUGGAAGAAGAGGGUUUGCACGACACCUACGAUCCCACAUCUGAUCCCGAAGAACAGAAACUCAUCAUCUCAGUCCUGGACUCAUUCCGCUCGUACCGCCGCCACGCGCACUACAAUGCUACUCACACACGGCGCCAAGCCUUUUACUCCCUCCCCUCCGCCCACUGGACCCUACUCUCGCAGCCCCCCUUCUCUCUCCUUGCUACCCUCUCCGCUGUAGAUGAUCUAAUCGACCAGAACGCCAACCUAGCUGAAGCUAUCUUUGCUGCGGGGUUCAAGUCUUUCCUGGCACCCACUUUAGACAGCGAAUGGGUUGCUUCCAUUGUGCCCGAAAAGUAUGCGCGCGAUGACAAAGCGGGCCAAAAUGACCUGGAGAAGGCACGGAGUUGCGUAAAUCAAUUCUACCGCGAAUGGAGUGAGCAAGGGCUAGAGGAAAGGAAAGCGUGCUUUGACCCCGUUCUGUCAGCUCUGCAGGAGGAAUUUACUGCACGCGUCAAAAACGUGGAGCCAGCGUCUGAACAUGAUCGCGGCGACUUCAGAGUCCUAGUCCCAGGCGUUGGACUCGGACGUCUCGUCUUCGACAUUUGCCGCGCAGGAUUCAGCGUCGAAGGCAACGAAAUCUCAUACCACAUGCUCAUGGCCAGCGCGCUUGUGCUCAACGAAACAAAGUAUGCUCAUCAGUUUUCCAUUGCGCCCUGGGCACUUAGCAGCUCCAACCACGUCUCGCGGGCGGAUCAGCUGCGCACGGUUGAGAUUCCCGAUGUGCAUCCGGCAACAGUACUUGGGGAAGAGCCGGCGUCGCGAGUACCGGCUUCGGACCGCAUGAGCAUGUCCAUGGGCGACUUUUGCGUCGUGUAUGGUCGAUCGGACUAUUCGGGUAUAUUUGAUGCAGUUACGACUGUCUUUUUUAUCGAUACUGCCCCGAAUCUUAUCCGGUAUAUUGAGGCUGUGGCUAACUGCCUGAAGCCAGGCGGUAUAUGGGUGAAUCUCGGUCCUUUGCUGUGGCAUCCGCCACCACCUCGCAGAGAUCACGGCGAAGAGGAUGAAGGAGAAGCGAGUAGGAUAGAGGGCGAUGCGGGAAUAGGUGACCCGGGGUCGUUUGAACUCACGAAUGAUGAAGUGAUUGCGCUGGUGCAGCACUUUGGCUUUAGUAUAGAGAAACAGGAGACGGAUACGAUUCAAACAGGGUAUAUUACAAACACGCAGAGUAUGCUGCAGAGUACCUAUCGUCCUUCAUUCUGGAUAGCACGCAAAAAAAGAUGA